AUGGGGGAGCCUCGGCAGGUGGCAGGCGGCCCGUCCUCCAAUCCCUUUGCUCAUCUCUCGCUUGGCCUCCCAGGGAGCGGGAUCUCGACUUCCGUAUUUACCAAUGGCUCCAAAACAUACCUCACGUGCAACUUGAGUAGCAGCAACACUGAGAUCGUCGGCCACCGCUGGAUGAAAGGGGACAAGGUGCUGAAGGAGGAUGAGCUGCCCGGCCUGAAAACGGAGUACGAGUUGGACACAGAUGAGAGUGGGGGCCAGUACCUCUGUGUCUUCCUCCCGGAGGUCGUGGGCAAGGCCAGCAUCAAUGUGCCAGGACCCCCCAGAGUGAAGGCCGUGAAAAAGUCAGAGCACGCCACCGAGGGGGAGGGCGUCGUGCUGGCCUGCAAGUCUGAGUCCUUCCCCCCGAUCACCGAGUGGGUGUGGUACAAGGUGAGUGACACCGAGCAGCAGGUCCUCACCAACAACUCCCAGAAUAAGGUCUACGUGGUGUCCGUGGAGACCAGGACGGAGCUUCACAUCCUGAACCUGAACUUGGAGACCGACCCCGGCAAGUACGUCUGCAACGGCAGCAGCGUGGAGGGCACCGACCAGGCCGUCAUCGUCCUGCACGUUCGCAGCCAGCUCGCCGCCCUGUGGCCCUUCCUGGGCAUUGUGGCCGAGGUGCUUGUGCUGGUCACCAUCAUCUUCAUCUAUGAGAAGCGGCGGAAGCCGGACGAGGUCCUGGAUGACGAGGACACCGGCUCCGCGCCACUGAAGAGCAGUGGGCACCACGUGAACGACAAGGGCAAGAACGUCCGCCAGAGGAACUCCAGCUGAGCGUGCCACCAGACGAGUCUGCACAGGGCCCGAGCGCUGCUGGAGGAGCCCGGUGUGCCUGCGCUUGCCCGAUUCCCAGCUCUGUCCUCUCAAAGGAAACCUGCCCAGCGAGAGCAAACGCUGCGAAUCCCAGUCACAUUUCCUCUCCUUUUAAGAAAACUAAGCUAAGGUUUUCUCUCUGUAGAGUUCCGUUCCUUAGGGGUUUCGUUCCGUCUUUUUAAGAGUGUUCCAGGGGAGUCUCAAGCUUCUCUGUGGGGCCCUAAUGCCCCCUCCCCCUGUGUCCCCUUGCUGUCCCCUGGGCGUCCAGCCUUCUAGUCCAUCACGUUGGGGCUGCGGGGGGCAGACUGGCCUUUACCUGACACUCCCACCACGGCUCUGCCUCUGAGGCUGCUCAGUGGUCCCUGUCCUCUGCGGAAGGUCAUAGGUCGUGGUGCCCAGCAUCCUGCCUGUCUGGAGCCAGUGCUGUCACAUCACCUCAGGUCUGUGUGACGUGGGACAUCCCUGCCCUCAUGGCCACCUAUCAGGUGUCCUCUUCACUGCUCGGGCAAGUCCCUGUGCUGGGGGUGGUCUGGUUGACCAUCUCAGAGCGGGAGUCCUGUGACAGCCCCUUCCCCGUCAGCCCGUGGCCAUGCAGAAACGCCCUCCCCCCCGGGCCCACAGCCUUACUGUCCACAGCACCCUGACUCCGGUACCUGCCCCCUGCCUGCUCACCAAUAAAGGCUACCCCACCUCGUCCUC